AUGUUAAGAACAACAUUUAGAAAAGGAUUUAAUUUAAAAUGUUUUUCCAAAGAUUGGAAUCAAACAAGACAAUAUUCAAAUUAUACGAAAAUGACAAUUUUUGAUACAAAUGUAAAAACUAUUCAAAAAAAUAAUACAGUUACAAAUGUUGAUGACCCAAAACAUUAUGAUUAUUUAAUGAAUGAAGUUGCUGAUAGAUUAGCUGAUAGAAUUUUAGAUAUUAAAGAUAUAAAAUGUGGUAAUGUUUUAGAUUUUGGUAGUAGAAAUGGAGCAUUAUUUAAAUAUAUACAAGAAAAAGGUGCAAAAAUUGAUAAAUAUUAUAUGGUUGAAUCAUCAAAAGAAUUAUUAUAUAGAGAUGAUAAUAAUGUCUCUCAAGAGAAUGAAGAUGAUAAUAAUAAUAAUAAAGUUAAACCUACAAAAAUAUUAGUUAAUAGUUUAGAAGAUAAAAUUGAAGGUAUUGAAGAUCAAAGUUUAGAUUUAAUUAUAAGUAAUUUAUCAUUACAUUGGGUAAAUGAUUUACCAGGAGUUUUUGGAGGAUUAAAGAGAUUAUUAAAACCAAAUGGUGUGUUUUUGGCAUCGUUAUUUGGUGAGGAUACAUUGAUGGAAUUAAAAGAUUCAUUAUAUUUAGCAGAGAUUGAAAGAGAGGGUGGAUUUAGUCCACAUGUAUCACCAUUUACAAAGAUUAGUGAUAUUGGUAACAUUUUAUCAAAGAAUAGAUACACAUUACCAACAGUGGACACUGAAAAGAUUACAAUAAAUUAUGAUAAUAUGUUUGUAUUAAUGAGAGAUUUACAAAAUAUGGGUGAAAAUAAUGCAAUCUUAAAAAGAAGAAACUAUACAAGUAAAGAUACAUUCUUAGCUGCAUCUGCAAUCUAUAAACAUUUAUAUGGUAAUGAAGAUAAUAAUUCAAUUCCUGCAACUUUUCAAAUCAUUUAUUUAAUCGGUUGGGCACCACAUGAAUCACAACAAAAACCAUUACAACGUGGUUCUGCAAAAAAACAUUUUAGUGAAAUUUCUGGUACAAGUUCAUUUGGUUAUAAAUUUGAUAAUGAUUCUUCAAUACCUUCAAUUUUAACAAAUGAAAAUAAUAGUGUUACAUUAUCACAACAACAACAACAACAAGGAAUUGAACCACAACAAUCAAAUGAUGAUUCAAUUAAUGAACCAUUCCCAAAAACUGAUGAUUUUGUAAUUAAAAGAUUAGAUUAUCAUGGUAAUUUCCAUUUUGAAAAACAGCAACAACAACAACAACAACAAGAUCAAAAUAAAGAAUCAUCUGAUGAAAUUAACAAAAAUAAAGAUGACAAAUAA